GCAGUAAAGAGAAAAUUGCUGAGGCUCGUUUUGGUGGGUAUGUGUGGCUGAGUCGGUGCGGAUGAGAGAGUGAGUGUGAGAGAGGGAGACAGACAGAGAGAGAGAGAGUGAGAGUUUGGGGUUCACACUUUUGUCGGCCGCUGACCUGCGCGUGUGCCCUCGGAAAAAAACGGAGAGCAGAAGAAAAAGAGAGGGGGAAAGUGAAAGGCCUGGAAUGACGGGAGCGCCUGGAGAGCUGAUUUAAGUGAAUAGGCACAAAAGCAGGGGCGCCGCGCAGCCAGAGAGCAGAGAUCACACAUCCAGCGGGACUACAGGCUCAGUCGUCGGAUCGCCCCAUAGCAUCUCGGGUGGGAAAGAAAGCUCGUAACUAGGACAAAGAUGGCAGAUGCAGAUUUGGACUUCACAACAGGUGAUGCUGGGGCUUCCGCCACCUAUCCCAUGCAAUGCUCUGCCCUGCGCAAGAACGGCUUCGUGGUGCUGAAGGGCCGACCAUGCAAGAUUGUGGAGAUGUCCACUUCCAAAACUGGCAAACACGGACACGCAAAGGUCCACAUGGUUGGCAUUGACAUCUUUACUGGCAAAAAGUAUGAGGAUAUCUGUCCCUCAACUCACAAUAUGGACGUUCCUAACAUCAAGAGAAUGGACUAUCAGUUGAUUGGCAUCCAGGAUGGCUACCUGUCUCUGCUUCAGGACAGUGGUGAGGUCAGAGAAGACUUAAAAAUGCCUGAGGGAGACCUGGGAAAAGAGAUUGAGAGCAAGUUUGAUGCUGGAGAGGAGAUUCUGAUCACUGUCCUGUCUGCAAUGAAUGAGGAGUCUGCAGUGGCCAUCAAAGCCAUGGCUAAAUAAAACACAGCAGGUAUUGGCAAGAUGCACUGGACCUGGAAAGAAGGAGAGAAUUACACCUCAGCAAUGCUAUUCUCCCUCUUUUUUCUCUUUAUUUUUCAUUCUUUGUUAUCUCUCCCUCUCUUUAUGUACUUUAUAGCCCAUCUUUGGGUUGGAAAACUAGAAAAAAAAGAAUAAAUAAUUGGAAAUUGUUGCAAAUGGACAAAAAAAUCUGUAAAUAUACUGAAUAUACAUUAAUCAACACUAUUUUGAAUGUAUAUAAUAGAGAAGAAAGAACGACAAAUGUGCCACGGCUAUCUGUUCAGCCUUGGGCACUGUAAUAGCAGCGGGGUUUUGCCCCUGCAAAGACACCUCAUAUGUAUGAUACUAACAUGAGUGUGUCUUCUCAUUUAGUUUUUUUAAAAAAAAAUUCCAUCUGUCCCAGUUACCACCCUUUAUACAUUCUUUGCCACUUUCAAUUGGGAUCUCAAGUACAUAGCUACAGCUGUGUCAAGUGGCUGUAAUUUCAGAUCAAAGCAAAAGCCACAUUCUACGGUAAAAGACAGAAACAAAGGUCAUGUGUAGUAGGAUGUGGUGUAGUUCCUUCACUGGAGGACUAAGUCACCCACUUUUACCUCACAGUAGCCAAAAUACAAAAGAUAUAGAGGGUGCCAUCUUGACACAAACAGAUAUUUAGUCACCGGUCACAGAUGCUCAUAAUGUCCCAUUUACAGUGUAAAGAUACAGUUUUCAUGUAGAAUUAUGGUUUAAGCAGGACUUCAGAAUUACACACUAAGAGUGUAAUAUAUGAGGAGAUGGAGUUAGCAAAAAAAUCAAUAGGAGUAUAGUAAGCCAUGGUUUGGCCUCAGUAUGUUUUUGGGCUUGUAAUGAUGCCAUGACAUCACAUCACUGUCGUACAUUUACAUCCCACCAGCUAAGUAGAUUAUCCUGCAGAUAAGACUGUACUGAUCGACUUUUUUUUAAUUUGGUGAACUUGUCUGUAUGGUUCAAGGUUGUUGUUUCUUUUUAUUUUUUGUAGGCUCACAUUGAGGGUGGUGUCAAAACCAUCUCUUCAAUUUCAUAUUACAUGAGCAAAACUUUUUGUUCCUUGACUGUGAUAAACAAUUUAUAUUAAACCAAGAGAAUCCCUCAACCUAAUAUUAAAAAGGAGCACAUGAACUUUGCCUUUUUUUGUUUGUGUCUGAAGGGCAUUGCUGCAACACAGCUAAGUACUGUCAUUGUCCAGAAAUAUUGGAACCCUUGAUGAAAACAAGCAAAAAAAUUCUGUAUUCAAUUAAACAAGAGCUGUAUUUAAAACUCAUUUACUUUUAUGUGUAAUGAUUUUUUUAAAUUAACAAAUGUAGGUAUGGCAUCCCUAAAUAAACCCAAGCAGUUA